AUGGAGACUGGUAUGAAUAUGAACUCUGCUAGUGGGGUUUGUGAUGAAGGUUAUUCCACAGACAUUGGUGUAGAAGGCAGUGCUUGUGAUAUGGAAAUAUCACCCGGUAUGACUAAGUAUUGGCGUCCAAUUUGUGCCAACAGUUUGAAGCCUCAUGUUGGGCAACAGUUUGAUUCCUUGGAUAGUGCUUUUGGUUUUUAUAAACAAUAUGCUGGCUUUGUUGGUUUUGACUGUAGGCAGAGCACAACUCGAAAGGGUAGAGAUGGUGGUAUUGUGUUGAAGCAUGUUUUGUGUUCGGGCAAACAUUGGCCCUACUCGCAAGAUACGCUGUUUAAAAGGCGUGAAUUGUGCGAAGCAUUUGGGUUUGAAUAUGAUGUUGAUGAGUCUGACCAGCUCUCAAGGGUUUUCUUGGCGGACGCAGUAUCAAGGAAGAACUUUUCUUUGUUUGGUGAUGUUGUUUCGUUUGAUGCUACAUAUCGUUCUAACAGGUAUAAUCUGGUUUUUGUCCCAUUUACUGACAUUGAUAAUCAUAAGAGAUGCAUCACCUUUGGUGCUGGGCUGCUUACGAAGGAAGACAUAGACUCAUACCUGUGGCUUUUGGAGAGUUUUAAGAAAAUUAUGGGUCAUGAUUCUAUUUGCGUUGUUACAGAUCAAGAUCCAGCUGUGAAGGUUGUCGUUGCUCAAGUGUUUGGUGCGUCAAAACAUAGAUUUUGUAUGUGGCAUAUAAUGUGCAAGGUGGGAGAGAAGGUUGGACCGGUUUUGUCUAAAGACGAGGUGUUUAGGAGGAAGUUGAAUUGCAUCGUUUGGGAUAAUUCAAUUGAUCCCGAGGCCUUUGAGCUGCGAUGGAAUCAGAUUAUGGAGAAAUAUGGGUUGGGUGAUAAUGGUUGGUUUCGUUACUUGUUUGAGUCCCCCGUACAUUUUGGGCAUCUCCAUACUUUCAUGAUGAGUUUAUGGCGGGUUUGUGCUAUUGGUGCACAGCGGCAUGCCCAAGCAAAACUGAAUGCUGAUUGUGAAGCUUGUUUUCCCGUGUUGAAGACGCCAUUGACGUUGGAGCGGCAUGCCAUGGGUGUUUACACAAUUUCUGUGUUUUAUGAUGUUCAAGAGGAGAUUUGUGCAGCUUGUUUUUCUUGUCAAGUGGUAUCUUUGAGUGAUUCUGAUGGUUGCGUGUCUUACGUGAUAAAAGAUGGUGACCAUCGAGCAUGGGCUGUCGAUUUAGUUUUGGAUGAUAAUUGUGCAAGGUGUUCUUGCAAGAUGUUUGAGAGGAUGGGUUUGUUGUGUAAGCAUAUCUUUUUUGUUUUUAAAGAUCGUGGUCUUGAGAGUAUUCCUUCUAGGUAUUUGGUGCAUCAGUGGACAAAGGGUGCAUGUUUGCACCCAAUAUUUGAUAUUGAUGGUAUAGUUGUUGAUCAAUCUGCGAAAGUGGAGAACGUUAGGCUGCUUACUAAUCUUAUGUGGUCUGAUAUUUAUGCUUGUGUGGGGUUGGCUGAUGGUAAUAUUGAUCGUUUGUCACAGAUACGAAGCGUUAUUAAUGAUCAAAUGAAAUUAUUUCUUCAAGAUGGGAGUGAGAAUGGCAGUAGCGUGGCUGUUGGUAGCAAGCAAAGUGUGAUUAAUUUGUUUUGUGGGUCUGUGUCCAAGGCCUCUACAGUGGAAGUGCACGACCCUGUCAAAGCUAAGAACAAGGGUAGUGGUAAGCGAUUGAAGAGUGGGAGAGAGCUACAAGCAAGUGUGCAAAGCAAUCAAGGAGAUGUCACACUUGUGAUGAAUAUGGCCAUAACAGUAGGACAUGUCCUUUAA